AUGGAUCUCUCCCUUUGGGAGAAGGUUGGGAUGAAGGUGGGACGUCUACAUGAGGAGGCAACGGUCAUGGGGAAAGUAACAAUCCGUGACAUCGCCCGCAUGAAAGCGGACGGCAAGAAGAUACCCAUGAUUACCGCCUAUGAUUACACCUCGGCGUGUCUGGCCGAUAAUGCCGGGAUACCCAUAAUUCUCGUGGGAGACAGCCUCGGCAUGGUGGUCCUGGGCUAUGAGUCCACCAUCCAAGUAACCCUUGAAGACAUUCUGCACCACAUGAAAGCGGUCAGCCGCGGCGCCAAGCAGGCAUUGCUGGUCGCCGACAUGCCGUUUAUGACCUACCACGUAGACGCGGGACAGGCGCUGACCAACGCGGCCCGGCUCAUGCAGGAGGGCGGUGCCCAUUCGGUGAAGCUGGAAGGCGGGGAAUCGAUGGCGCCGACAGUGCGACGCUUGGUCGAGUGCGGCAUCCCGGUGAUGGGGCACAUCGGUCUUACUCCUCAGUCGGUCAACGCCUUGGGCGGCUACCGGGUGCAAGGGCGCGGCUUGGAAGCGGCGGAGCGGCUAUUGCGGGACGCCCAGGCCUUGGAGCAAGCUGGGGCCUAUUCCGUCGUCCUGGAACUGGUGCCAUCUCCCUUGGCUGGACUCAUAUCAAGCCGGCUGACCAUUCCUACCAUCGGUAUCGGUGCUGGGCCGGAGUGCGACGGCCAAGUCCAGGUUCUCCACGACAUGCUGGGCCUGUUUACCAACUUCUCUCCCAAACACGCCAAGCAGUUUGCCCAACUGUCCGAGUCCAUAAAAAUGGCCUUCGCUCAGUACAUGCAAGAGGUUGAAGCGGGAGACUUCCCCACGGACAAGCAAAGCUUCACCAUGGACCCGGCAGUGCUUGAAGAGUUGCAGGCGCUAUCCCGGUAG